GAGCUUUUUUAUGUCCCCACAGAUGAGAGGAGGCGACGAAAGUGGAUGGAGGCUUGCAAGAUGCAACUCCCGGCACCUGCUUAUGUGUGUAUGGACCAUUUCUCUCCAUCAAACAAAACCGGGAGACACUACAUUCGAAGAUGAGUUUCAUUUGUUAUCACCAGUACACCCUCUGCAGCCACAGUUUUCCAAUAGAAACAACUUUUGUUUGGGUCUACGUGAUCCUGCCGUUAAUCGUCUUACUUUAGUUUAUAGUUCGGGGAAAAUCUUAAGCAUUUGUUUAAGUCUCUUGCCUUCAGAACAAAACAUCUAAUGGGAUUUUCAGCUGUUAUGCAUGAUUAUAGCAGUAACACUGCUACAUCGUUUAGUGCUGAAGAUCCAAAGAAAAUAAAAAAAAAUGAUGAAAUACAUUCGGGUACCGAAGAAGAUUGACAAUUUAUGUUGUCCAUUCUAGAUGGAUCGGAUAAUAAACCAUCAAAAGAAAAUUAUUCACAAUGUACAAUAUUGAUACUACGGCUUGUUUAUUCAUACAAUGCUGGCGAUAUUUUAUAGUUUUCAUUUACUCUAUGAGGACUUUAAAUUGGACGAUAUUAUGCAUGCACAUUUGUUGCCAUUAGCCAAGUUUCUGCAUCAAUUGGCCUACGUAAUGCAAUUACAAUCUUAUACUUUUCGUCAUGCUAUGGAUUUUCCUUUGCUGGUGAAAAAUUGUUCCAAGACUUGUAUUUUAACCGAACAGCAUGGUUCUCAAAUGUCUUACAAGGAACUUUCACAGGUGCAAGCUCCUAGUGUUUUUAACCAACUGAAUGCAUUGCCGUAUAAUUAUGUGGAAGGUGAAGUGAGGCGUAGGGAUUUACGAAAUUAUGCCCUAAAUAAAAGUUCAAAUUAUUCGCAAAAUAUGAACAUAGUCACGGAAGACUCCUUAUCGGCUCGUUGUCCACCCUCUAAAAGUGGCAUAUCACAAAUGGAAGGUGCUUUAGAUGAUGGCAUGGAUAAUAUAGGUACCAAAUUCUUAAGUCUACGUUAUCCGGAUGAUAUGCGCAUAACAGAUAGAUAUUACACAAUCGCCUGGAACUUCUGAUCAUGAAUUUAUUGAGGAGCAAGAAAAACAAUUAUUUACAUUGUGCACUCGUACCAUGACUUUACCUUUGGGUAGAGGAGGUAUGUUUACUUUAAGAACCAACGGAAUCAAUGCCAAUACCAAAACUAUGUCUAACCAGCAAGAAACCUAUUAAAGGAACCACUGUUGAAAUGCAGCAAAUUGAAUUCCAGGCCAAUAUGAGUUUAUGGCCAACAUUUCAUAAUGGUGUAGCAGCUGGCCU